UUCUUCAAAGUCAUACAACUUUUUUUUGUUAAAAAAAAAACUUCAACUUUGAUGUUUGUAUUACAGGCAAUAAUGUUAUGUUUUAAUAUUGAGAAAAAGAUUCCUCCAAUGCAUAAUGCAAACUAUAAAAUGCUUCAUGGUGUUUCAUAAAUUAUCCAUCACUUCAUAAAUUACCUGUUUUUGAGCCAUAAAGGGGGAAAAAGAUGGAUUUGAAGGUGAUUGCGUUUAUUUCUUGCUUGAUUUUCUCUCUUUCAGUUUCAACGUUGGCAAAACGACCACCUUCCUGUCCGCUUAAAGUAGGUUACUAUAGCCAUACUUGUCCGUCUGCUGAAGCCAUUGUGAGAAAUGUUGUGUAUAAAGCCGUGUCUCGUAAUCCAGGCAUAGCUGGUGGACUUAUCAGGCUGCAUUUUCAUGAUUGCUUCGUGAGGGGAUGUGAUGCAUCUGUACUACUGGAUGGACCGGAUUCAGAAAAGGAAAGCGUAGCGAACAAGAACAGUUUACGAGGUUUUGAAGUGAUUGAUGAAGCUAAGAAGCAGCUCGAGGCUGCAUGCCCGGGAACUGUCUCGUGUGCUGACAUUCUUGCCUUUGCAGCACGCGACAGUUCCUACAAAGUUGGGAAAAUAAACUAUAAUGUCCAAGCAGGACGUCGUGAUGGAUAUGUUUCCAUCAAAAAGGAGGCCUUAGAUAAUCUUCCUUCUCCGUUUGUCGGUGUCAAGGAACUAAUCAAGAGCUUUACAAGAAAAGGGAUGUCAGUUGAUGAAAUGGUGACCCUUUCUGGUGCACAUUCUAUUGGCAUUGCUCAUUGUGCUGUUUUCGCGAACCGUAUAUACCCUCAAAACAAACAACAAAAUCUGCCAAUCGAUCGCGAAUACAGAAAGAUGUUGAAGUCCAUUUGCCCACCAGAAGCACUUACAAAUGGAACAGGAGUAGCUAAUCCUGCUCAUCUCGAUGUCAUGACACCAAACAAAUUGGAUAACAAAUACUACAUGGAUUUAAUGAGUAAGAAGGGACUUCUAGUUUCUGAUCAAACACUGAUGAGCGAUCCUAAAACCGCGAAUUUGGUGAACUUUAACGCGAGGUAUGGGCGCGUUUGGGGUAAGAAGUUUGCGGAUGCAAUGGUGCAUAUGGGAACUUUGGAUGUCCUCACGGGAUGGAAGGGCGAGAUCAGGAAGAACUGUCAUUCCGUCAACUAAUUAUUUGUCAUUUUUUUUCGCCUUUUUGAGUUUUGUAAAGCUCUCGAGUACUAUUUCAGCUUUCUUGCUAUUGUUUCAAUAUUUGUUCAACUGUAACAGAUGAAUCUUCUUAAUAAAGUUUGAGCGUCUCAACAAAAAGAGAAUGAAAUGCCUUUUAGAUUCUCCG